AAACCCUUGCAUAAUUUCUUUCUUUAUGUUUUUUCGAUCCUUUUGUCUGCGGAAAGUUAACUAGGGAGGAGAGAAAAAGGCGAGAGCUUUCUGCGAUCUGACGGGUCUCCCAGCGCUUUUCGAGAGAAAGAUAUGGCGUCGGCAGCGGCAGCAGCAGCGGCUAACCGGUUGGCUGGAGGUGCAGGGGAGGAGCAGGAAGAGGAGCAGAGUGCGUUUCUUCGCGACCACCGGCGGUCGUGCUACCACGUGCCGCAGCAGAGCCGGAGGGAGAAGCUCAGAUUCCCUACGCACUGCUCUCUCUCCCUCGACUCGUCCUCGUCGCGGAUCGGCCGGUCGGCGCCCCACGGGCCGUUUACAGGCUACGCCGCGGUGCUCGGCCGCUCCCGGUUUCUCCAACCUGCGUUGAGGCUUCUCGAGGAGGUGUGCCAAGUGGGGCAGCAACGACGGCGAGCAGGAAGCCUCGGGGACGCGCUUUUGGGCGCAGAUACGACGAUGAGGAAGGAGUUCUCCCCUGUUACCUGCGGGGAGCACCGCCGGAGGAAGACACGGCUAAAUUGUUUGCUCGAUGAGGUUCACAGAAGAUACAAACAAUAUUAUCAUCAGAUGCAAGCCGUCGUCACCUCGUUCGAGGCUGUCGCAGGAUUGAGCAAUGCGGCUCCGUACGCCUCGAUGGCUCUCGAGGCCAUGACCAAGCACUUCAGUGGCCUGGGGAGCAUUAUCUCCGGCCAACUCCGUCCGACGACCGACGGUCUCGGAAACGAAGGCGUCAAUCGAGAACCAACGGCGAGCUCCUCGCUUCUGAACAGAAGCUGUUGUUUCCAUGGGCCGCCGGCGGCAGAAGCCGUCGCCACCUUCGCGCAGCCACACUUCUGGCGUCCGCAGAGAGGGCUUCCUGAGCGGGCAGUCGCCGUGCUCCGUGCCUGGCUCUUCGAACACUUCCUGCACCCGUAUCCCACCGACGUCGACAAGCAAAAUUUGGCUAAACAGACAGGAUUGACAAGAAACCAGGUUUCUAACUGGUUUAUCAACGCGAGAGUGCGACUAUGGAAGCCGAUGGUCGAGGAAGUGCACGCCCUGGAGAUGCGCGAGAAGAGCAAGAUGUCUGGAAAUGGCGAUCGCGGUCAGCCUCCACAAAUCCAGACCGCGAGCUCAAGAAGUCGCACCGAUCAGUACCCAUCGACGCACAUUCGAGAACCUCCUCCUCUUGAAUCUGCUGGUCCUUGCAGGAGUGGAGUCUCACUCACGUUGGGACUCCACCGGAGUGUUGGAAUUCACUUUUCCGACUCGCUUCACGGCCCAGAGGAGUGCUCAUGUUGCUGCUUGUACGAGGAGAUGAAUAAAUAGGCUUGUUAAUGUAAUUUGUUUGCCAAGACACUGCUUUCUUAAUCUGUAAAAGCAUAUCGAUUGCAGAUAA